AUGAAUUCAAGUGGCGAUGAGAAGAGUAGGUUGGGGAAUGGAGUUGUUGGAAUUCUAGCUGAAACAGUGAACAAAUGGGAGAGACGAACGCCCUUGACGCCGUUGCACUGUGCUCGUCUUUUACACGGUGGCAAAGACAGAACCGGAGUUUCCCGCGUUGUCGUUCAGCCAUCUGCUAAGCGUAUCCAUCACGAUGCCUUGUAUGAAGAUGUCGGAUGUGAAGUUUCUGAUGACUUGUCUGAUUGUGGGCUUAUUCUCGGAAUCAAACAGCCUGAGCUAGAAACGAUUCUACCUGAGAGAGCAUAUGCUUUCUUUUCACACACUCACAAGGCUCAGAAAGAAAACAUGCCUUUCUUGGAUGAAAUCCUUUCUAAGGGAGUGACGUUGUGUGAUUAUGAGCUCAUCGUUGGGGAUCAUGGGAAAAGAUUAUUGGCAUUUGGUAAAUAUGCAGGCAGAGCUGGUCUUGUUGACUUUUUACACGGACUGGGACAGAGAUAUCUAAGUCUAGGAUACUCAACGCCUUUCCUCUCCCUUGGGUCAUCCUAUAUGUAUUCCUCACUGGCUGCAGCAAAAGCCGCUGUGGUCUCUGUAGGUGAAGAAAUUGCAAGCCAGGGACUACCACUAGGAAUCUGCCCUCUUGUAUUUGUCUUCACUGGAACAGGAAAUGUUUCUCUGGGGGCGCAAGAAAUAUUCACACUUCUCCCUCACACUUUUGUUGAACCAAGCAAGCUUCCUGAACUAUUUGUAAAAGAUAAAGAAGUGACCCAAAAUGGAAAAUCAACAAAGCGAGUCUAUCAAGUAUAUGGUUGUAUCAUUACCAGCCAAGAUAUGGUUGAACACAAGGAUCCAUCAAAGUCGUUCCACAAAGCAGACUACUAUGCACACCCAGAACACUACAAUCCAGUUUUCCACGAAAAGAUAUCCCCGUAUAUGUCUGUUCUUGUAAACUGCAUAUACUGGGAGAAGAGAUUUCCACGUCUUCUGAGCACCAAGCAGAUUAUAGAUUUAACAACAAAAGGAUGUCCACUAGUGGGAAUAUGCGAUAUAACUUGUGAUAUCGGUGGCUCCAUUGAAUUUCUUAACCGAGCUACUCUAAUCGAUUCACCUUUCUUUAGGUUUAAUCCCUCCAACAAUUCUUACUACGAUGACAUGGAUGGUGAUGGCGUAAUAUGCAUGGCCAUCGACAUUCUACCAACAGAAUUUGCAAAAGAGGCAUCCCAGCAUUUCGGAGAUAUUCUUUCAGGAUUCGUCGGUAGUUUGGCGUCGGUGACUGAACUUGCAGAUCUACCAGAACAUCUAAAGAGGGCUUGCAUAAGCUAUAAAGGAGAGUUGACAUCUUUGUAUGAGUAUAUUCCACGUAUGAGGAAGUCAAAUGCAGAAGAGGUGCCACAAGAAAAUAUGGCGAACGGGGUUUUCCUCCAAUCAAAGAGAACAUACAACAUAGUUGUGGAUUUGGAUGAAGUUUAAGGUCAGUGAGAUUUGAAAA